UCUCUGUUCCUGAUGUUCCUCGAGUGGAGUGUCAGAAUCGUUUCAGCCAGUUAUAAGUCGUAUCGAGUUUCACACCCCGGUGAAGUUGGCUCUGUUUUUCUAAAAUUAAAAAGAAAUUUCUGAAGCUUUGGUCUUUGGACGUUCUCCAAAUAAUUUUGGAGUUAAGCGGCUUCAGAAAGAGCUCUAUCAUUUAAAACGCUGACGACCUUCAUGCCACUGGUCCACUACAACUGUUCGAGACAUCUCAGGCUCUUCUUGUGCGCCGUCUUCGCCCCGGUCUGCUCGGAACAUGUGGCCAUACCGGCCUGCAAGUCUCUCUGCCUUUCCGUAAGAAGAGACUGCGAGCCGGCCUUAACCAGCCUCACGCUACCGUGGCCGCACAUGCUGGAUUGCAAUCGCUUCCUCGAUCGCGGAAACACAUUGUGCGUGCAGCCACCGGACGAAACGUUGGACGAUACUAGUUCACCGAUACUGCCAACCGUUCAGCAGCAGUGGCCGGCGAUCCACGAACGACCGCCGCAAAUCUCCACGCGAAUACAACAGCAACAGCAACAUCAUCAAUGUCCACCGCAUUUUGUGCAGAUACCCGAUAUGGAAAUGAUUUCUUGCGCACCGCGUUGCGGUACCGACGCGUAUUACCGCGCGGAAGACAAAAAAUUCGCAGAGCGUUGGAUGACCGGGUGGGCAUGGCUGUGCUUCCUGUCGACGCUCUUCACCCUGCUGACCUUCUGGGUCGAUCCGUCCAGAUUUCGUUACCCCGAAAGGCCAAUAGUCUUUCUGGCGCUCUGCUACAAUCUCCUCUCCGUGGCUUACAUCGUGCGUGGUGCGGUUGGCGCUGAAAAUCUCAGCUGCGUGAGUCAGCUCGAUGGGCCGAGUUACGUUCCAGUCCGCGAUGCUUUGAAGAGCGUUCCCUGUACAAUUUGGUGGCUAAUCAGGUACUAUCUGGGACUAGCCAGCAACACGUGGUGGGCGGUGCUGUGCGGUUGCUGGCUGCUGAGCGCUAGAAACGAGUGGAGCAGCGAAGCUCUUCACAACAUCGCAUCCUAUCUUCAUGCGGCCGCGUGGAUUCUUCCAAUAUUUUUCACAGGAGGAAGUCUGUUGUCGCGCAACGUGGUGGCAGACGAGCUGACCGGCCUAUGUCAGAUCUCCGACGAGUCAGCGCUGUGGCUGGAAGUGCUGCCGCACGCCGUGCUGUUGUUGUUGGGCUGCGUGUUUGGUAGCGUUGCUGGAAGCGCGCUGGUACGCGUGCGAAGGGCUGUGCGCUGCGCCGGUCGCAGCGCGACGAAACUGGAGCGCCUGAUGACGCGGCUGGGUAUCUUCGCGCUAUUGUACGCGUUGCCGGCGCUGGGCGGCCUCGCCUGCGUGCUGCACGAGGCCUCGGUGAGGCCGCGAUGGCGAAAGCUGGCGUUGCUGGCCGCGCUGGACUGCCGCUCGGCGCAGAAUUGCGCUCCUGGCCCGGUAUACCGUGCCGCCGGCCUCGAAGUUGCCCUUCUCAGGCUCUUUCUGUCCCUCGUGGUCGGCGUCACCUCCGGCAUGUGGGUAUGGUCCGGCAAAACCUGCCGCGCCUGGAGCAGACUCCUCGCCGCGCCCAGCAAACCCGCCAGGAUACAAAGUCCUUUCCAGGGCUUCAAGCAGGACGACAACAUCGCUUGACGAUCUUAGAUUUAUUCUAACAAUGCGAUACUUAAAAGACGUUGAAAUUAAUUUUGUGGAUGUGCUUUAAGUAUUUUGAGAUGUUUCCACGAUAUUGGGAUAUCUUUUUUGAAAGAGAUUAAUUAGAACGGUAGUGCAUAUUGUGAUUUUUUUUUAUUUAUCUAUCGGAUCAUAUAUUAAGGCUCCUGGUCCCGUAUGUUUAGGCUUUGUUUUA